AUGGCACUACAGAUGCAUUUAGAAGGAGAACAGUCAAUGAUUUUUAAUGAGGAUGAUAUUCUGGAAAGACUUGCAGUGGAUGAACGAAUGUCACGAACUAUGCUAACAGAAUUUUUUCGGAUGAACAGUGUAGAUAAACAUGCACAGGCCCUAAAAUGUCUUUAUAAAGAAUUUCCUCAGCAUUUUGUAUGGAAUGCAACCCACAGAAUAUGGGAACCGAGACAAAGACGAAGCACAAUUGGAAGAGUAACUGCAGUGCAUCCAACUCAAGGUGAAAAGUACUACUUACGGAUGUUACUAAUGCAUGUCAGAGGGCCUAUGUCUUAUGAAAGUCUAAAACACAUUGGUUCCAGAACAGCUUCAACUUUCAGAGAAGCUGCAGAAAUUCUAGGCUUAUUAAAGACUGAUGAUAGUGCAGAACAAUGUUUACUUGAAGCUGUAUCAUUCCAGAUGCCUUAUACUCUCCGUCAUUUGUUCGCUCUCAUUCUGGUCCAUGUAAUACCUCCUAAUCCAAUGUUGCUUUGGCAGAAAUUUGAACCAUACCUGUCUGAAGAUAUUUCUAGAGACAAGUCUUUAUCACCUGAGCAGACAAAACUCAAAGUCCUCCAGCUCAUUGACUCUCACCUGCAAUAUAUGGGCAAACAUCUUGCUGAUUUCAACAUACAUGUCCCUGACACUGAUGCUUUUUCCAUUCAAAGAGACACACAAGAAAUAGAGGCCGAGCUCGACAUCAAAGUUUCUGCUGAAGAUACAGCAUCAGUUGCUCUUCUCAAUGAUCAUCAACGAUCUGCUUACAAUAAAAUCAUCAAUAGAAUUGACAAUAACAUAGCAGGAGCUUUUUUUAUAGAUGGGCCAGGAGGAACAGGGAAAACAUUCUUAUAUAAAGCCUUACUAUCAACUGUCAGGUCUAAAGGCCAAAUCGCAUUAGCCACAGCAUCAUGCGGUGUUGCUGCUUCUAUUCUUCCAGGAGGACGUACAGCUCACUCUCGAUUUAAGAUUCCAAUUCAUGAGGAUAAUGACAGUGGCUGUAAUGUUAACAAACAAAGUAGCAGUGCAAGAUUAAUCAAACAAGCCAAGCUCAUCAUCUGGGACGAAGCAACAAUGGCCAAAAAAUAUGCUAUUGAGUGCUUUGACAAGCUACUAAGGGAUAUAAUGGACUCAGAUACAGUAUUUGGUGGCAAGGUUAUCGUAUUUGGUGGCGACUUUCGUCAGACAUUACCUGUUGUCGUCAAAGGGUACAAAGAAGAUUACAUUUCUGCCAGCUUGGUAAAAUCUUAUGUUUGGAACCAUCUUGAAAAACUCUGCCUGGUUGAAAACAUGCGUGCACAUUUAGAUAAACCAUUUUCAGAUUUUCUUCUGAGUCUUGGUAAUGGAACUUUACCUUCCUUUGAUGACUCGAAAAUAACAUUGCCACACUAUCUUACAAUACCUUUUGUUGAUGAUCAAUCUUCACUUUCUGCUCUGAUCACCAGUGUCUUUCCUGACCUCACAGCAUUUGGUACACACUCAUUGCAUACACUUAACAGAGCUAUACUAACUACCAAAAAUGAAUUUGUGCACGAGAUAAACAACCUCCUGAUCACAAAGUUUCCUGGUACAGAACAGAGAUAUGUAAGUUAUGAUGAAACUAUAGACCAAUCCAAACAAGCAGAACACGAGGACUUUUUACAUUCAUUAGAACCUCCAAGCCUACCACCAUAUGAACUCAUUCUAAAAGUCAAUAGUCCUAUUAUAUUACUUAGAAACCUGAACCCAAAAGAAGGUUUAUGUAACGGAACACGACUAAUCUGUCUUGAUUUCGCUCCCAAUGUUAUCCAUGCACUCAUUGCUGUGGGAAAUCAUACCGGAAAGCAAGUCUUUAUCCCAAAAAUCUCAUUACAGUGUUCUGACAGUAACAUUUACAUAGUACCCUUCAAGAGAACACAAUUUCCAGUCAGACUUUGUUUUGCCAUGACCAUUAAUAAAGCACAAGGACAAACACUCGACUUUGUGGGCUUGUACUUAAAGGAACCAGUAUUUGGUCAUGGUCAGUUGUAUGUUGCUUUAUCUAGAGCUAAAACAGCAAAUGAUGUUAGAGUUUUAGUUAAGCCCUCUCCAGAUGAGCAGACUGACAGAGUUUCUACAAGAAACAUAGUAUACAAUGAAGUCCUAUCAAUUGCUGGUGUUAUUUAA